GCUGUUUGUCCACCUGACCAAAAUGGCUGUCGGGUGAAAGGAUAAUUGUUCUCUGAAUACCUAAAAAUGUUAAACAUGAAAAUAAAAUAUGAAUGAAAUCGCAUUUGCAGAUUGAUGUUCUUGUGAAGUUCUUAUAUAACAUCAUAGUGGUCGAGAUAUAAUCAGGAGCCCAGUUAAUACCAUGUGGAAGUGGUAUUCGGGAGACGAGUCAGGCCCUGCCCAAGGUGCUCCAGACUCCCAGGAAGGGAUGAACCACAAGUCAAUGGCUGAUGCAUCUGAACAGCUGGCACAGACAGAACAACUAGUCGUGCAGCUGAAAGAACUGAUCCGGGAAAAAGAUAAUAUCCUCCGUACCAAAGAUGAACAGAUUAAGAUGGAAAAAGAAGCAUGUGAAGCCAAACUUUCUAAAGUAAAACUCCAAAAUAAAGCCAAAGUCAACUCAUUAAAUUCUCAACUAGAAGAACUAAAGAAACAGCUGACACCAUCAGGAACAAAAGAAGAAAGGGCAGGUCUGAAGAAGGCAACUGGAGAUGGGAAUCAGGAGCAUGCAGCAGCAAGCCGUGGAAAAAUACUAUUGCUGAAGAAGAAAGUGGAAGAACUGGAAACCCAACUUUCUCAAUAUAAAGCAGAGUUGAAAAACAAGAAUGCAGAGAUUGAAACUCAGAGACAGCGUGGGUUUGAGAUAGAUGCCAUGCUUGCAGAGAAAGAUAAGAAACUUUCUGAAAAAGAGGCUUACAUCAUUGACCUCCAACUGAUAGCUUCAGGAGAGAACCCUGCUAGAGCGUUGUCUACACAUGCAGAAGCGCCAAAGGUUCAGCUGACAGAGAAAGAAAUUCCAUUGCAAGACCUUCAAAUGCUUGUCAAGAAUCUUACGAAGAAAGUGGAGGAAAGUGAGGAGAAAUACAGCCUUCUAAAGGAACAGUCAGAAAGUCUGAAGGAACUUCUUGUUACGGAAAAGAAACAGUUUGAGGGGAAAGAAAAUAUGUACAAGGAAAAUAUCCAGACAUUCAAAGAUAUUAUUAUGGAAAAAGAAAAUAAUCUCGCAGAACAGUACCAGAAGCAUGAACAUGAGCUAUUUAAGCUGGCAGCAAAAUCUGAUGCUAGUGCCGAACUGGAACAGUUGCUGAAGGCCCUCAAACAGAAACUACAUGAGAAGGAGGAAGUGCUGCUUGGAAGAACCCAGGUUGUAGAUGUGCUGCAGACAGAGUUGAAUACCAGGGAUCAGCAAAUUAAGGAACUUAGUGAAAAAAUGAAGCGUCUUCAAGUGGAAAAAGACAGCAUGCAAUCCAAGCUAGAUGCUGAAAAGCAUGUAAUGAGAGCUCAGCUGAGAGACCUGAUGCAGAAACAUGAGACAGAGCUGAAACAUGUCAGGGAGAAGCACGAAACUGAAUUGUCUGAGAAAGAUCAGGCUUACCUGCAGCUCCAGAAACAACUUGAAGAGGUUAGAAAUCACACUGAAGCUGCUGGGGCACUGGCCAUGGACAGCGCUGUGGAUGCUGGUAGCAAUCCGAGGAUUGUAGAGUUGGAAGUACAAGCAAAGUUGAAAACUGAGGAGGCCAGCAAAUCUGAAGCCAGGUUCCUCAAAAUGAAAGCAUGGUCCAAAUCCAGGAUCAAACAGCUGGAAGAUGAACUCAAAAAAGCUCAGUCUGGAACCACAAGCUCAGAUAUUACUGCCUUAAGAAACAGACUUGUUGAGCUUGAAGAUGAAAGAGAAGAGAUUCUGCAGAAACUGGAGCAGUAUGAAGAACUUAAGACACUAAAUGCUGAGCUAGUGGCUAAACUUCAGAUCUAUGAAGAACAGCAAAGAAAGAUGCAAGCUGACCUGGAACAAGUUACUAAGAGAGCAGCUUCUCAGACCAGUGAAUCCGGCAGUGCAGACGAGCUGCAGAGCCAUGUGCUGAAGUGGCAGGAUAUGGUGUCUGAUGCCGAGGGUGUUCGUGACCAGGCCAGGGAGGAGAAAGCUGCAAUGGCUUUAAGAAUGACACAUUUAGAAGAGGAGAGGGAAGUCCUUGUCACUCGGCAGCAGGAGUUGGAGGAGGAGCUGGCGCAAGCUCGAGGGCUCAGAGCUAAAAGAGGCAAGCAGAAGCAGGCUGCCAACAUCACUCACAAUCUGCAGGAGGAUUUUGAAUUUGAUGGAAAGCAAUCUUAUCAGGAUCCCAACAACACUUUAGACAGCAGUGAUUUUGCUGAUGGAGAGAACAUGGGAGGUUGGUGGCCAGAGUACACUUCUGACAAUACAGGACUCAGGUCUGUGGUUGAAGAGCUGGAAUUGGAGAGGAACCAGCUGCAAGAGCAGAUCUUGACACUUGAAGAACAAUGUCAACAUCUUGAGGACAGAUUACAGCUUCAAGCAAGAAUAGAGUCACUACAGGUGGCGUUUGAUGUAGAUGAAGAGGGGCAGCCAUUGAGGGUUACCCAGAAUGAAAAUGAACGUCUACAGGGCCAGCUAACUAAUCUGCGCAGUCAGCAUAGCAGAGACACUGAGAAACAUCAGGUGCUUAUCUCCAGUCUGAAUCAACAGCUAAAAGGAUUUAGUGACAGGGAAGACAUUCUUGAAUCUUCCCUGAUUGAGAAGGAGCAGACACUAAUGGAAACCUCUGAAAAGCUGGAACAAAUCGAAAACAUCAGAGACUCUUUGAAGGAGAAAGAGGUGCAAAACAAAGAACUCAAUGACAAGCUUCUGCAAGCUGAGCAAAAUGUGUCUGAAGUUACAGGGAAGUGUUGUACUUACGAAAAACAGUGUUCUGAACUGAAGACUUCUGUUGCAGACCUUACACACAGACUGAACACUGCCAAGGAAAAGACUCAAAAGCAAGAUGUUGCCAUUGAAAUUCUUCAGCGUGACCUGGAUCAGACUAAUGAUGAACUUGACAAAUUAAAUUCCUCCCAUUUAGAAGAACGUGCUCAGCUGAUUCAUGACCUUCAAAGCUGUGAGAGAGAGAUUGAUAGUCUUAAAGAUGUUCUCUUGCAGAAAGACAAAGAAAUCACUGCCCUUUCCAACAGCAUGACUGAGUACCUCGAUCAGGUUUUGCAGCUGAAACAACAAAUGAAAUACAAAGAGGAGGAGAUGGUUGGAAUGGAGACUGCUUUGGCGAAGGUAGAGAGGCAGGCUCAAAUAAUAAGAGAGUCACAGUCUUCAGAUGAGCAGACCAUGAACACCAAGCUUGCCUCUCUUGUGGAGCAACUGAAAGAGAUGGAGAUGGAACUGAGCAACACUAGAGAGGAAAAUAAAGCUAAAUGCAGUGAGGUUGAAGAACUUGUAAAACAAGUUCAUGAUGAUAAUGGAAUUAUUCAGAACCUUCGAACCGAUAUUCAAAAGCUGAAUGUUACUCAUCGCACUCAUCUUGCAGAAUGUGAGACACAGUUAUCAUCUCUGAAAGAGCAGGUUACUGCAUCAUCUCGGAGAUUGCAGGAGGUAGAUGCCAAAAGCCUUGAGGAGACAAAUAAGCUGGCUGCUCAGCUUGAAGAAACGAAUACUGCUUACAAGAAUCUCGAGAACAUGCUUCAGAAAAAAGAGCAGAGUUUUGAAACUGAACUGAAAUCUUUUAAGGAUGAAUGCAACAAGCUGAUUGCUGAGGUAACAAGAAAAGAUGAAGAGCUUCUCAUAUUCUCCAAACAACUUGCAGAACAUGUGGAACACCAAGAAACGGUUAAAAGGGCAGUGCAUGAAAAACUGGAGACUAUAUCCUGUCUGGAGGAAAAACUUAAGGCCACUCAGCAGGAGGCAGAAGAAACUAAAUUGAAACUAAAUCAAAAGUUGCAGGUCAAAGAGACAGAAUGUAUACAACUCAAGGAACAGCUUGAGGUAAAAUCUGAAUCUAUUUUGAAACUGGAAACAGAAGUGAAGACUCUCGAGAAUAAAAAUGAGCAACUCCAGACCAUUGUUCAGAAAAAGGACAAUGAAAUUCUGGUUCAAACAAACCUUGCUGCUGAUUUAAAUGAAAAGGUUGCUAAUGUUCAGGGGGCAAAUCAGAAUCUGCAGUGUAAAGUGAAUCAGCUUACUGAUGAGAGUGAAAAGCUAAAGAGAAAUCUAACUGACCAGGAGAGUUUGCAAUCAAAGCAGCACGAUCUUGUUAGUGAGUUGCAGGGUAAGAUAUUUGCAAAUGAGGUCCACAUUUCAGAGUAUCAAAAGACUGUAGCAGUGAUGCAGAAAGAAAAAGAAGAACUGACCUCAAAGACUGAGGAUCUUGUUAAGCUCUUGGAGCAGAAUCAAAAUGUGGUUGCUGAAAACUUGGUGGAUAAAACAAGUGAGUGUAAUAAUCUUGCAAAACUGCUUUCUGAGAACCAAGAAUUGGUUGCACAUUUGCAAGACCAAGUACAGCUUCUCACUUCUCAGAUAGACCAAUUAAAAUGUAACAUUGCUGAAAAGGAACAAGCAGUUAUUGACAGAGUUAAUACAUGUGAAAAUCUACAAAGCCAGCUCGGGCAACUACAGGAAACACUGCCUAUGCUUCAAGAACAGAAUCAUGCAUUACAAUUGGGGCUAGUUGAAAAGGACUUGAUACUACAGGAGAAAGUUACUGAAUGUCAUUCCUUGCAGAAACAAAUAAACCAGCAAAAUGAGUCUGUUGUGAAUUUACAAAAUGAAGUAGAUUCCCUAAAAGAUGAAGGCAAGAAACUUACCCAGAGUUUGGAAGAAAAAGAAGUAGCCUUUCAAAGUAGAAUAUGUGAAUGUAAUGAACUGUUUGAUCAGAUACAAAGUAAUAAUGAAGCAAUUGCUGUACUAAGCCGUCAAAUUGAUGUCAUGAAUGAAGAAUCUGUGAAACUGAAAUCUGAGAAUGAGGAUCUUAAAACCACUUUGAAUAAUCGUAAUGUUGAUUACAGCAAACUUCAUGAACAAGCAACUCUGAGCAAAACUGAAGCUGCAGAGUUGCAGAGCCAGGUCCAAAUAUUAAAUGCAGAAAUUCAGGACACAAAAACAGAUAUAUUAGGAAAGCUGAAUGAAAUUGCUGUCUUGCAAUCGGAGUUAUCCAAAAAAGAGGACACUAUAGUUUUAUUGAACAAGCAGUUGCAGACAAAGUAUGUGGAACAGGAAGGUCAGCUGUCUGAGAAUAUGGCAGUAAUUGCUCAGCUACAGACACAAGGUCAGGAUAUGCAGAAAGCAUUGCAGCAAAAAGAAAAUACCCUGAACAUGCAGCAAAAAGAAAUUAAACAGCUUAAGGAUAAGGCAGAAGAAUCUGAGAUGUUAAAAUCACAACUUAAUGAAUACCUGGAGAUGAUCUCUGAUCUCCAGAAGCAACUUAAAAGUAUGACUGAGAGGUCUGAUCAUUUAAAAUGCAGCAUGACCGAAAAAGAGGCAGUGCUGAAAAAAAAAGUGGAUGAUUAUGUUAGCUUAAAGGCCCAAUUUUGUGAUCUGGAAGAUACUGCAUCUCAGCUCAGAGUUCAGUUGGAGCAAGUUACCACAGAGUUGCAUACAGUGAAAGAUACUGUUAAAGAAAAGGAGUUGAAUCUGAAACAGAUUGAAGAGAGUUCACUGGUUCAAAGGGAGGAUUUAAUUUUAAAAUAUAAAGAUAAACAGGAUGAAUGCGAGAGUCUUAAAGACCAGCUCUCAGCCCUGCAAGAGACUGCUUCAGGGCUGAAUGAACACAUCACCACUCAGAGCUCUGAAAUAAACCAACUGAAGGAAACAGUCUUGAAAACAGAGACUGGUAUUUUGGAGCAAAACAAGGCAAUGCAGGAACUGCAAGAACAAGUGGAGGAAGCAAAACUUUUCAAAUCUCAGUUAAUGGAAAGCACAGAAUUAAUAUAUCAACUACAAAGGCAAUUGCAAAAGUUAACCUCAGAAUCUACAAUGUUAGAUAAAUCUGCGGAGGAAAAACAGACGGCCUUCUUUCAUCUACAAGAGCGAUACGCAGCACAGACUGAGCAGCUACAGGAAAUCAAAUCAGCUCUUGCACAAAAAAAUGAAGAGAUAUCUAGUCUUCACAGAUUGAUAAGUGAAAAGGGUGACAUUAUAAAGGUUGCAGAAAACACUUCAAGCACACUUAAAAUUGAAGUGGAGCAGCUCAAGGUUGAACUUGUGAAGAACAAGGUUUCAUAUGCUGAUCUGCAGCAAAAGGAGAAUGCUCUGGCUGCUGAAAUAGAGGUACAAAAAGCACAAAACCUUGAAGCUGUGAAACAGUUGAACAUAGCAAACCAGGCUGUGGAACAAAGAGAACUUGUUGUACAGUCCCUCAAUAGCAAAUAUGCUGAACAAUUACAAAACAUAGAACGCCUAAAUUCAGAAAUUCUGUCUUUGAAUGAAAAAAAUUCAGACAUGAAAAAAGAAAUGAAGUUAAUGGCUCAAAACCUACAACAGAAGCUGGAUUCAGCGGUGAGAGAAAAAUUGGUUCUGAAACAAGACAUUGACAGAACCAUUGCAGAGAAAGAGGAACUUAUCAAGAACUACAGCGACCAACUGCAGAAAAAGAAGGAUGAAUUGCAGACGCUUGAGCAACUGGUGGCUAAUCUGAACGAAGCAGGGGAACGAUUGAAGAAUGAGAAAGAACAACUUCAAAUGCAGGUUAGUGCUAAAGGUGAAGAAAUCACUGGAUUGAAAUUAGAAAUCCAGAAAAUAGAACAAACCCUAAUGGAUUCAGAAAAUGAAUGGUUGGCUGAUCUUGAUAGGGAUAAUCAGAAAAGCAGUCUUCUAACCGAGCAGCUGAGGAGUUUAGAAAAUGAGAUGAAUUCAAAAGAUGUUAAAAUCCAAGCACUGCAACAGGACCUAGAUAACAUGCAGGGAAAGUUUGCUGAAGUAUCUUCUGCACUUAAAAUGAGCUCUGAUGAACUCACAGAAAAGAACAUGGUGGUAGCAAACCUGAGUCAACACAUUGCAGAAAAUCAAAAUAAACUAGAAGAAAUGUGUUUAGUGGUUCAGAAAAAAGAUUCAGUAGUGCAGCAUAUUCUGUCAGAGAGGGAAAAAGAAAUUAAAAAUUUGCAGACUGAAAAACUGACCAGUCAGCAUGAUCUUUCAGAAAUCUCUCAAUCAAUGUCUGAAAAACUGUUGGCUUUUGAGGAAGAAAAGUUCACUUUACAGGCAGCAAUGAAACAAUUAAAGUUAAGACAUCAGUCUGAAGUGGAAUCUCUGAAGCAAGAAUUAGACAGAAACACUGAGGUAUUGCAACAAAAAGUGUCUGAAAUGUCAGAAAAAGACAAAUACAUUCAGGACGAAAAGAAGCAAGUGCGUUUAUUACAGCAACAAGUAAUGAAUCUACAACAAGAAUUGGCUAUUUCUACAGAUAAACUAAGUUCUAUAGUUAAUGAUGUGCACAUAAAGGAAGGCCAGAUACAAAGUUUGACACUUCAGGUAAAUCAACAGAAAGAAUUGCUUACCUCAAUUAACCAGCAACUGAGGGAGAAGGACUUAUCUGUCACUCGGGUCAUGGAGUCUGCAUCCAAUGAAAUAGUGAAGCACACAGAGGAAAAGAAUCAGUUGAUUGUGCAAAUAGAAAACCUUGAAAGAAAACACAGUUGUUCUACCAAGGAAAUUGAAAGCCUUUACCAGCAGCUUGACGAAUACAAAAGCACAUUGUCACAUUCUCAAGCCCUUGUCCAAUCAAAAGAUGUCGAGAAGCAAGGUUUAAUUAAUGAAAAGGAGCAGCUGAAAGUUCAUCAUGACAAACUUGCCAAAGAAAAGGACAUAAUGAAGAGGAAAUUUCAAGCUGCUCUGUUGGUAAGAAAGGAGCUGAUGAAGAAGAUUGAGGAGCUUGAGAAGAAAAGUCAAGAUGAUUUGAAUAAGGAUAAAGAAACGGCAAAUCUGCAAAACACAGUCCAAGAGUUAACAUCACAAGUAACACAGGCUCAGACAAGAUGCAAAGAACAGGACUCUCAUUUAGAACUUCUAAAACAACAGAUUCUACAGAAAGAGGCUGACAUUAAUGAAUUUGUUCAGAGCCUUUCCACUAAAGAAACCCUCGUAGGACAGUUGGAAGAUAACAUACAACGUCUGGAAACAACAAUACUUGAGAGAGAGACUAGUCUUGCUGAUGCACUGAAGGCGGGUAUGGAAAAGGAUGCCGUUAUUGAGGCUCUCCAGUGCAGUUCAAAGGAAAAUGAGAAAUUUUUUCAUAAUGAACGUUGUGAGCUGACCUCUAUGCUUGGGCAGCUUAGAGAUGAGCUGUUAAAGAAGGAGGAGCCCAUCAAAGUGGAAGAGACCAUUCCACUCUCUACUGUUGUGGAUCAAGAGAGUAAUUUGGAGGCAGCAACUCAAAACCUUAAGGAGCUUAAACAAGAGAAAGAGCUUUUACAAAAGAAACUGCAUGCAGCCCUUUUAGCCAGAAGAGAAGCUAUAAAGAAGGCUCAAGAAAAAGAGAGAAACCUAAGAGCGGAAUCCAUACAACAAAAGGAAGAGUUUGACAAGCUUUUGACAGAAUUUUCUCAACAGGCUGAAGAACUGAAAACUACCAAGGAAAAAUUAACCACUAUUCAGCAAGACUACUGUGGCAAAUUAAAAGAAUUUGAAAAUAACCAGCAGGUCAUAGGUGCACUGCAGAGUCAACUGAAUUACAUUAAUGCUCAUCUUGAAGAAAAAGAGAAAUCCCUGCAGGAGGUAAAGAUGCAACUGGAAGAGCAAGAAAACAAAAUGCGUAGUGCCUUACAUGACCAAGAAAUCAAAAUGUCAGCUGUGACUUCUGAGUUAGAAAAUAAAGCCAAUUCCCAAAAAGCACUUGAAGAUGAUUCAAAAGAGCUUGCACGAGAAAUUGAGCAAUUAAGAUCAGAAAUUGAAAGGGCAAACAUUAAGAUCACUGAGAAGACUGAAGAACUGUUAAGUCUACAACGGACUGUUAACAUUGCACAACAACAGCACCAGCAGGAAAAACAUGUGCUAAUAGACGAGUGCACUGAAUUGCAGAACCAGUUGACAAAAACCCAGAGUGAUGUUGAAUAUUUUACAAUUUCCCUUGAGGACAUUAAAAAAGAAAAAGACUCCCAGUCUGAAGCAUUUAACAAUAGCAAUAAGAUGCUUCUGGAGGCGAACAACGAGUUGAAGGAAGAACUUGAAAAAGUACAUUCCUUGAUUGCAGAAAAAUCUGAUGACUGCAAGGCUAUGAAGAAUACUCUUGCUGAAAUGCAGCACCAGUUUGAACUGGAGAAAAUGGGUAUAAAAGCUAAAUCUGAACAAAUGGAGAGCUGCUGGAAGCAGGCACAAGCAAAAGCCGAAAGCUACAAGUUACACCUGGAAAAAAUAGAGAAAGAAAAGGAAGAUAUCUUUUGUUCAUUGGAAAAGUCCAGAGGAGUAAGUGUCACCCUGCAAGAACAACUGGAUAAAUCAAACCGACUAAAGGAAGAAUUAGCUGAAAAAGUAUACUUGUUGCAGGAGGAGAUAUCUGCUGCAACCCAGCAUGAAGAAAAGGUAUUUCUCUUGCAGUCACAAAAUGAAAAGCUGCAGGUAAUACUUGAGGAAAAAGAAAAUGCUAUUGUGUCUCUCAAAUCAAGUAUUUCUGAAAAAGAAGAGCUUCUAGCAGCACUGGAGUUGCAAAUGCAGAAGGCGCUUCACCUUCAUGAAGUGGAGAGGGGAAGGGUAAAGACAGAAAUGCAUGAACUACAUCAAAAGGCAGCAGACAUGUCUCAUGUAAGCAAGGAGCAGUCCGAUGUAAGCAAAUCUAAUGAACAGAUCACUAGAAAGCUCCAAGCAGCUUUAAUAUCUCGUAAAGAAGCCUUAAAAGAGAACAAAUCUCUCAAGGACAAAAUUCAGACAUUAUAUUCUGAAAAGGAAGAAUUAAUCCGUAUGUCUUCUAGUCUUGAGAAAUCUUUGGCUGAUAUGAAAAACCAACAGGAGGACUUGAAAGUUUCUAUAGCUGCCAUAAGUGAUGAAAAAGAAAUCCUUAUUUCAGAAGUAGACAAAAUUCUAAGUGAUAACCAUAGCCUCAGUGCUGCAUGUGAAAGUCUUAAACACACAAUUGAAAAUAUAACUCAACAGAAGCAAGCAUUCUCGUGCCAGUUAGAAUCAUUGAAAGAUUCUGAAACAGAAGAAUUGUCAGAAUGGAAAUCCAAGCACAAAGAGUUAAAGCAAGAGUAUGAAUCUCUUCUACAAGCCUAUGAAAACAUCAGCAGUGAAAUGGAUAAGAUGAGGCAGUUGGUUGAGACAACCAGAAAAGAGAAGCAGGAGGUGCUUUCAAAGAGAUGCAAUCUUGAAACCGAGAAAGAAGUGUUAGAGAAGCAAUUAAACGAAGCUGAAGAGGAACAAGAGAAACAAAAAGAAAAAAUGAGAACAUUUGCUAAAUUAAAACAGCAGGAGAUCCAAGAACUAGAGGAAGAGAAUGGAAAAAUUAAGAAUGAUCAGUUGGAAAUGGCUGAAAAGCAGCAGCAAACUGUAGAAGAACUAGCUGUUAAGAAAAUAGAGCUAGAAGAGGAGAAUAAAGAGUUACAAGAAACAUGUGAGAAACUCAGAGUAAAACUCAAUGAGAUUCAGAGCGAAAAAUCCAGUCUGCUUAGUGAUGUUGAAGCAACUAGAUCCUCUUUAGAAAAGCUUCAAGGUGAAACUAAAGCUAGUCAAUCUGACCUACAAAUCAAAAUAAAUGAGGCUCUCAGUUUAAAGGAUUUGUUAGCUGCUGAACUUGAAUCUCAGAAAGCAGAUAUUGUGGCCAAAGUUGAAGUUAUUAAAACACUGGAGCAAGAAAAAUUAUCACUGUCUGAACAAGUGACUGAAUUAGAAAGGCAACACAAAGUAGAACUGAAUAAGAGGGAUAAUACACUAGCAAAACUUGACAGUGAAAUUAAUAGUAAUCUGCAAGAGACCAUAAGUCUCAAUGAGAAGGUGAGGAUUUUGGAGGAUGACAAGUCCCUUUUGCAGGAAGAACUUGAAAAUGUGCAGGAGAUUUCAGAAAAAGUUAAAAAUGAGAACGAGUAUUUAGAGACUGUACUGCUUAAGAGUGCUGAAAGGAUCGACCUGUUGACUGACACGGUCAACACGCUGCAAGUACAAAAUAAUUUAUUAUCUACUCAGUUGAGUGAGAUCAAGGAAGAAAAAAAUGGCUUGAUCAGGGAGAAAGAAGGGCAGCAGGUUAAACUCGUGAGGGAUUUUGAGGAGAAAUUGAAGGCUGCUCAAAGAGGGAAUGAGGGAUCUAAAAGUGUGACCAAGGAAUUGCAGGAACUCUUAAGAGAAAAACAUCAGGAAAUCAACCAGAUGCAAAAGGAUUGUAUUCAAUAUCAGGAGUUGAUAUUGGACUUGGAAAGAUCUGUUAAAUUGUCUCAGUCAGAGCGAGAUGCAAUAGAAAAGGAACUGAAGAAUGUGAAUGAAAAAGUUUCCAAGUUUGACGACGAAAUAGGUAAUCUCUACAACGAGAUAACCUCAUAUAAAGAUCUACUGAGUGAGGCUAGAAAACAGUCGGAAAGAGUUCAGUCUGAAAAUGCUCGAUUAAAAGAAGAACUUGUACAAAAGGAGGCGCAAGCAGACCUUCAAAAGAUGGACAGAAAGAAAGAGUUGGAACAGGUCAAUGAACAACAAAAAGCGCUCUAUAAAAAUGAGUUGAUGAAGGUUGAGGAAAGAAUAAAUGUACUUCAGAGGGAGAAAGAGAUAAAUAGAGAGGAGGUCCUUCAGUUAAAGAGUGAAAUUGAGUCUAGGGACUUGCUUACUAAGAAACUUGAGAAAGAGGCUAAUACAAACUUGGCCAAGUUGGCAGCCUUUUCUCGUACCAUAUCAUCCCUCCAAAAUGACGGAGACAGUGUUGCAGAUGAGACAAAGCAAUGGGAAUUAAAAUUUCAAGAGGUAAUUGAAGACAAGGAGAAACAACUCCUAGAUCAAAAACUUGCAGUACUUCAGCUUACGGAGGAAAUGAAAAUAAAGGAUAUGCAGAUUCAUGAGUUUCAGCACAAGUCCUCAAAGCUGGAAGUGGCGUUUGAUGAAACGGAUUCCAGGUAUAAAGCUGCAUAUAUAGAUUUUCAGAAUGAAAAGACACUAUUGAUUGCAACCAGCAGAGAACUUUCCCGGAAUUUUGAAAUGUUAAAAGAAAGAUUUGAAGAACAGAGAGAUCAUGUUCAAAAACUAGAAGAGGACAAAAAGGUACUUCAACACCAACUAUCUGACACUGGAGACGCUGUUGUCCAAAUGAAAGCAGAGCUGCUGACACUGGAGAAAAGAUUUACUGACACAGACUCCGAACUCCAGCUUAUCCAGUCACUCAGUGAUACAUUACAAGUUGAUCUUGAGAAACAGGAAGCUAUUUCCAUGCAGCUAAAAUCACUCCUUAUCAACAAAGAUACUGAGAUUUCCAUGCUGCUUUCAUCUAAAGGUGGAGAGAUUUCUGGCUAUCUAGCAGAGAUACAGAAUCAGAACAGAAUUCAGAUUGCUAGUUAUGAGGAGCGUGUAAAUGCUCUUUAUGAUGACAAGGAAAAGACAGACAAGGCAUUCAGAGGGCUGGAAAACAGAAUUAAAAACCUUCAAGUGAAAUUUGAGAAGUCAGUUCAGGAGAAAGAACAAAUGGCUGCAAAAAUGGGAAACUUAAAAAAUGCAUUGACCUCUUCACAAAGUGAAAGAGAUGGUUUACUAUCUGAAUACAAGGUUCUAGAGGAACGGUACCGAAGUGUUGCAAAUGAGAAAGCCAUUUUAAUUCAAGAGGAAGCAACUGAAAGCAAAACACUGAAACAGGAAAUGAAGACUCUUCUUCAUCAAAUGGAUGAUCUCAAUUCUGAAAAUGCCAUGCUUAAAGCACAACUAAUACGAUAUAGAGAGGACCUUAACCAAGUCUUAUCUCUAAAGGACAACCAGCUAAAACAACUUCUGAAAAAACAACUGGAUUCAAUUAAAAACCUUGAACAUGGAACAGCUGUUGUUGAGAAACAGUAUCGGGAUACCGUAUGUGGCCUUGAGCAAAAGAUCGAGACAAUAAAGUCUUUAGAAUCUGAGAAUGAAAAAUUAGGAAUUCAGGUUUGUGAACUUGAAGCUGUUAUAACAACAAUGACCAAGGAGAAAUUAGAAAUGAAUGAGACUAAGGUGAUUGCUGAUCUGCAGGAAAAAAUUGCAGCGAAGACCACAGAAUGUAACGAGUUAAAACAAAACCUGGAUGCACAAAAAGCCACAACUAAAGAACUUAAAAUAAAAGUGAAAAAAAUUGAAAAGGAUACUGACAAGAUAUUGUCAGAUGCAGAAGUAAAGUAUAACAAAGAACUUGCAGCUUUUGAACAGGAUGUUGACCUCAUGAGAAAUGUAUCGGAGAGAGCAGAAGAACGAGUUGUAGAAAUUUCAAAAGACCUAAUGCAGGCAGAACAGACCAUUUCUGAAGCCAAGAACCUAAACAAGGAGCUGAAAUCUCAAAAUGAGUCUUUUGGAAAAGCAAUGGCUGCUUUGCAGAAUGAUAGGGACAAACUCAUUGAAGACUUUAAGCACAUGCAAAUGAAGUAUGAGGAUGAACUGAAAACUUCAUCAGACAAACUCAACAAACUUGAAUUACAGCUCAAUGAUGCUACAUCUGAAUUGAACGCUUUGGUAAAAGAAAGAACGGUUUUGAUUCGGACACUCUCUGCCUUUGAAAGUGACAGUACUUAUAAUCAGCUGAUGGUUCAAAUAGAAGAUCUACGCAAGGCAGUGGCUGAUAGAGAUAUUGAAAUUAAGAGAUUUUCCUCUGAAAAGGAGACUUACAGCAGGCAGAUGACUGCAUUUUCCAAAUCGAUGGCCAGUCUUCAGGAUGACAGAGACAGGCUGUUGCAAGAACUGCGUGGGUCAAAACGCGUAUAUGAGCCCAGACAGGGGACAGUUUCUGCAGCUUCAACUGUGAACAGUGCCACUGAUCUGAAUAACUGUGCUGCACUCCAGGCCGAAAAUAACAGGCUGUUACAAGAGAUCACUAGCCUGAGGUCUGAAUGUAUGGAGUUGCCACAGAUGAAAAGUAAAGCUGCUGAACUUCAAAAGGCCUUGCAGCAAGCUGAUGCCUUCCGACUGCAAACCGAGCAAGACGUUGGGGCAUACCAGACAGAGCUUGCAGAGCUAAGAACUGAGAAGAACCUGCUUCUCACAGAAUCCCGGUCCCUAAAGGAACAGUACUUGAUAAUGGUUGCAGACAAAGACAGAGAGAUUUCUGAACUGCAGAAACUCUACCCUGAAGAAUCCAGGAAAUCCAGUGGUAUUUAUCCCAUCAAGACCGAAAGUGUUACUUUGGUGGCAAACGAGGAUUCCUCAGAUCAGGUAAAGCUUCUAUUAACAGAACGCAUCCAGCUUCAGAGCGACUUGCAGCGAUGCCUGCAAGAGAUUCACCACAGAGACCUGUGCUUUCAGCAGCUGAACGGCAAGAUGAUGCAGACCAUAGAAGAGAAAACUAACCUGACAACCCAGCUGAAAGCUGUUGCUCAGACUCUGCGUGAUACUCAGUUGCAUCACAAUGAGCUGCAGAACCGAUGCUACUGGCUGGAGAGGCAACUACAGUCACGGCCUAUACAGGCUUCCGUCCGGGGCCACGUACAAGGAGAUGCAGCUGCAGAGGUUCCUCCAGGAGCACCACAAGAAAGAGCCAGUGCUGUAGUAGAUAUAGAAAGCUUGGAAGUUGGUGAGCUGAGGAAAAGGCUCACAGAUACAGAGCAGCUGUACCAUUCCACCCAACAAGAGCUUUCCCAGCUGGCAGAGUCUCUCUCUGAGGAGCAGGCAAGGCGAGAAGCAGCAGAGGAGGCUUUAGGGCUGGCUGAAGAGAGAGUUCAAAGUUUCGAUGCAAGCAGUUCCAGAUCUGCUACAAGAGAGUACAGUAUUCAACUGGAAUCAGAUGACGAGCGUGAUGCACUAAUUAUAGACCCCACUGAACAUGUUGCAGUACGCAAGAUGAAAGGAGGAGCACUUUCUGUCAAGAGGUGGCUGCGUGGACGUAGUCUGUAUUGCUCCAAGCUGCUGACGUCCAGAGCAAAAUCCCGCUACCUUUUCCUCACAUACCUGUUGGCAUUACACUUUGCUGUCUUCAUGUGCCUGACCGGAAUUCUGUAAACACUCUCAAACCAGCAAAAACACUGAAGUCAAGAAAAUUGUAUGAUAAGGUGGUUGUGCCAUAAUGAAUUUACAUGUUUAAGCUAUGCACUGAUAACUGCUAUUAUAUUUAUUCAUAAUAAAGCAAUUCGAUAGGGCAGCCAAAAAGAGUAUAUCAUUAAAGGUUUAUGUAUAUUAGGUUAUAUCCCCGUGGUCUAGUUUCACAGAGCCUGGUUAGCACUAAUCUUGCACUACCUAAUAUUGCCUUAAGUAGCCUCAAGAUUGGUGGUAAUCAAGGUCUGUGAAGCCAGCUGCAUAUGUUAAAGUUCACUUCAUUAUAUAUUUCGAAUCAAAAUUGUUUACAUCAUAAAUCGCUUUUAAGAGUACAUAUAUGCUGUAAGCUUAUUGCAGCUUGUGAUGUAAUAUUUUAAUGAUCUGUAUAUAUUGUGUGAUUGCGUAAAAAUCAAAGGUAACACUAAGUACUGCUGAGUGGAUAUUUUCAGUAUGGGUUUUAUUUUUUAAACAAAUAAAUGGUAGUUCUACUGUUCAUGUUGGAAACAAUGUUCCACCGCCUUUUUGCAAGAGGUUUUAAUUGUGCAAUAUAGUUUGGCAAUGUAUUUGCUUUCAUGUAACCUAUAAGAUUAAUUUUAAUAAAGUUAUUUGAAAACA